AUGCUACCUUACUUUGACAGGAAGCACGAUAUGUUUGGUCCCAACUCCGCCCAAAGAGCUUCAUUAAAUGUGCCGUCAACAGCCGCACGUGAGAGGAAGAAAGUUGCUCUAGCUCCAGGUCAUUCUCCCCUUGACUGGGCUAGAGUAUCAACUUCCACACCUUCCUAUAAACUCCGAGGGGUGGCGCCUGAUACUCCGCCACCACCUUACGUUAAGGUUACUAAAGACGAGUUGAAAUUGCAUAAGAGUCAAGAAGAUUGUUGGACUUGUAUCAAUGGAAAAGUUUAUAAUGUUACGCCGUAUGUCAAUUUUCACCCCGGUGGAGUAGAAGAAAUCAUGAAAUGUGCCGGUAAAGAUGGUACUAGUUUGUUCAACAAAUACCACAGUUGGGUUAACGUAGAUAGAAUGCUAGGAAGCUGCUGUGUUGGGGUAUUCAGUGCAUCUAAAUAG